GUACAACCUUGGGCAGCGAGCAUGCGGUCUGCUGGGGGUUAAACCACAGGAAACCGUUUCACUCUGGCCCUAGGCCAUCCGCAGGGACCCGCCACCCCAGAGGUUUUUCUGCAGCACGUGGGAGGCUGUGGCUACGGAGGAGGGGGCGGAGGCAGAGGCGGAGGCGGCGCCCAGGGGCCGGGGCCAGGGAGGCCGGGACCAUCGCUGUGACCAUUUUAUUCCCUGCGUGGCUGCGGCAGAGAGGGGCCACCACAGAGUCGGAGGCCGCUGAGCCGUGCGUGGGUUUGCAAAGGUGCUGGGCCCGUCCCGCCAGCCAGAAGAGCGAGCCCAAGGCACGAAGGCUCGUCCGGCCACGAGCAAAGGAGAACCCAGAGGAGGGACGGCCCGGACCAGCCCGCGGGCACCUCCCAGCCUGGUGGUGCCACCGUCCCCAAGCGCCGGCACCUGGCGCAGCAGCCACCGCCGCCCGGGCUGCAGGGGCCACACGGAUGCCCGAGCCAGGCGGGCCGCGCGGGGGCAGCCGCCGCAGCCGCCACCCCACGCGAGCUCCCGACACGCACGACUGCUGAUCCGCUGUAAAUGUCUGUGUUGGUCCUAAACACGUUUGCGUCUGAGCAGUAGGCUGAUCCAGAUGAAGUGAUUGAGAAGAAAGAGUGGGUACCUUGCCUUUGCAGACAGGACAGCAUGGAGCAGCCAUUUACUGUGAAUUCACUGAAAAAGUUAGCUGCCAUGCCUGACCACACAGAUGUUUCUCUAAGCCCAGAAGAACGGGUCCGCGCCCUAAGCAAGCUUGGUUGUAAUAUCUCCAUUAAUGAAGACAUCACCCCACGCCGCUACUUCAGGUCCGGAGUGGAAAUGGAGAGGAUGGCAUCUGUGUACUUGGAAGAAGGAAACCUGGAAAAUGCCUUUGUUCUUUAUAACAAAUUUAUAACAUUGUUUGUAGAAAAACUUCCCGGCCAUCGAGAUUACCAACAGUGUGAAGUACCGGAGAAGCAGGACAUCAUGAAGAAACUGAAGGAGAUUGCAUUCCCAAGGACAGAUGAAUUGAAAAAGGACCUGUUAAGGAAAUAUAACGUAGAAUACCAAGAAUAUUUGCAAAGCAAAAACAAAUAUAAAGCUGAAAUUCUCAAGAAGUUGGAACACCAGAGACUGAUAGAGGCAGAACGCAAGCGGAUCGCUCAGAUGCGCCAGCAGCAACUAGAAUCCGAACAGUUCCUGUUUUUUGAAGAUCAACUCAAGAAGCAGGAGUUGGCCCGGGGCCAGAUUCGAGGUCAGGACUCCAGGGUGCUGUUGGAGCAGACUGACGGAAGUGGGCUGUCCUGCUUUUCCACCCGCCAGAACAACUCUCUGCAGAAUGUAUUUGCGGAUCAGCCUCUAAAGAGCGAUGGAAGGGAUUUUGCCGACCACUCUCCUCCAGUGAACAGGGCCCUAAAGCCAGCAGCCACUCUGAGUGCUGUUCAGAACUUAGUGGUUGAAGGACUGAGGUGUGUAGCUUUAUCAAGAGACCUUUGCCAUAAAUUUCUGCUGCUGGCUGAAUCUAACACAGUAAGAGGAAUAGAAACCUGCGGGAUCCUCUGCGGAAAACUGACACAUAAUGAAUUCACUAUCACUCAUGUAGUCGUACCAAAGCAGUCUGCAGGCCCAGACUAUUGUGACGUGGAGAACGUUGAAGAGUUAUUCAGUGUUCAAGAUCAACAUGGUCUCCUCACGCUGGGCUGGAUUCAUACACACCCCACACAAACUGCAUUCCUAUCCAGCGUGGAUCUUCACACUCACUGUUCCUACCAGCUGAUGUUGCCAGAGGCUCUCGCCAUCGUGUGCUCCCCAAAGCAUAAAGACACUGGCAUUUUCAGGCUCACCAAUGCUGGCAUGCUUGAGGUUUCUACUUGUAAGAAGAAGGGUUUUCAUCCUCACACCAAGGACCCCAGGCUGUUCAGUAUAUGCAGCCAUGUAUUAGUAAAAGACAUGAAAACGACCGUGCUGGAUCUGAGGUGACAUGCUCCAGAUACAGGACCACCCACUCCAGAUACCUGCCAUGGAUAUGUGUCGCUGCCGAAUUUCUUAUGAUGUUUCCAGAAGUGACUGAUAUUUUAUAUUUAUAUAUUUCAGACCAAAACUUUGAUAUUUAUUGUUCUUGCACAUUUUGAAGUUUCCUUUUUUGGGUUGCUGUGUCUCAAACGAGGCCCCAUGAUGUUCAGUCUAUAUCUAUUAAUGUACCCAAAGGAUAUCAUCAGAAAUAAAUUGUGCUGCAAA